AGCAGCUGAAAGCCGUGACGUGAAUGCGACUGAAACGAGGGGAUCGUCAAAGCCAUAUUAGAGCGUAAGUGUACGGAGCACAGUUUUCUCUAACUUUGCUUUCAGUAACCUGCGUACAUGUUAAACGUGCAGAGCAGGUAGACGAAUAGUCUCCUGACAUGAGGUUUGUUGACGGUUCCUGGAAUAUGCAGAAUGUGCUCUACAUGUGGCAACAUCAUGCUCUAGAAUGUGAGGUGUGCACUUCGAAGCGUUUCACGUCUCGGUGUUCCUGAGCUUCCAUCGAGGGAAACGGGUCUGUGUUUAACAGUUGAAAGUAAGUAGCUUCAGAAAGAAGUUACAGCCCAGCUGAUUUAAUUUGCACGCAUGCGCUGUUUCUAGGAUAUCCGUCCCAUCCGUUCCUGUUUCCCACACUGCAUUUAAGGUGAUUAUAGUUGAUUCAAACCUUGUCGGAGGGGGAAAAAAAACAUUAAUCUUUGUUAACUGGCCAAAAUUUGUUAACACAGUCUUAUUUUGUACUGAUGUAGCUCUAUUAACUUGCUUUCUGACAUAUUGUGUUUCUUACGAAGCAGCUGAAAAAGGGUUUUCUCAAUAUCAGAUUAGAAAAAUCAGUUGCCUAUUAGAUAUGCUGGAUCCACAGAGCAGUUUGACAUAUUGGUUUUAAAAAAAUUCCACAUUCCAUUGUGCCCUGUAAAGCGAUCUUAAAGCGUUCUUUGUGCCCGUUCCUUGGGUGAAGGCCACCUGAGUUUUUCCCUUCACCUGCCCAUGGACAGCCAAGCCUGGCUGGAGUCCUCCCUGCAGCGCUCUGCCAGUCUGGGCUUGGAGGUGCUGCAGCGAGCCUCCAGGCGGAGUGUGGACUGGGCGAGCACUGCAUCCCAAAACCCCGCUAUGGCAGAUGAAGACACAGAUAUAACUGAUGAGAGAAAUCCCACAGAGCUCGAUGAUGCCUUUGCAAAAAUCGCUGAGUUCAUGGCACAAACCACUAGUCAUUGCAAAAGAUUUUACGAGUCUGGCUGUUGCACGGAGCCCAGUGACAUUGAAAAGAACCACAUGUCCAGGUUUCACACACAGCCAGCAUCUGCAAAGACAACAGCUGCGCUACCAACCAGGAAGUGCAACAAAUACCAAAACCACGUGUCUGGAUCCAGUGAGGAUUUUUAUAUCGAGCUUUCACCUGGAACAUAUGUCGUCACUGCCAGUAUUGCAGAGUCACAGCAGCAGACUCAGCUGGUCAGUGUUAAAGCUGGGGAGAGUGUCAACCUCACCUUUGACCUCUGACCCCUCAGCUGGCCAAACCUGUCACCCUUCAAUAACAACUGACCAUUGCACAUGCUCUUUGUUUGUUUCUUGCUUCUUGUAUAUAGAUUUUUGCAUUUAAGAGUUUACAUUUUAUUUUACUGUAAUGCACUUAAACACAUUCUUACCUGCACUAAGACCACAUCAGUGUAUUGAAAUAAAAUAUUUUUGUAAUCAG